GUUAUGUGGUGCGAAAUGAAAGAUGUAAACUCUUCUUUACCUGCAGCCGUGAUGUAAAGUACUUCUUCAAAUUAAUCACCUGAAGCAAUAUCCAUGGAGUGUCACUGCCUUUCGACAGUAGGUGUAGCUCACUGUUCAAGAAUUCCGAGCUUUCAGGGUGCCUCAACUAUUGGCUGCAAUUUACCUUCAUCGUCUCCAUAUUCCUUGCUGCUUCCAUCUCCCCUUCCAAAUUCUUUUCUCCAGCGUAGAUUAGAACCAGUUGUUUACCAGAAAAAGUUAUCAUUCCAGCCCUUAAGAACCUUAAAAGGGAGUAUUAGAGCUGAAAAGCAAGGUUGGGAUGUAGGUCGUUUUUGGAAAACAUUGUCUUUCUUUGACCAGCUUCCGUCUCCUGGAAAGUUAUUUGCAUUUCUGAUUGAGAAAAUCUCUGAUCCGUCACCUAGCAAAGCAGUGAAACCGAUGGAUACUACUGGGAUUGUACUGGUGGCUGGAGCUACUGGUGGUGUUGGGAGAAGAGUGGUGGAUAUCUUACGAAAAAAUGGGCAAGCAGUUCGAGUUCUGGUCAGAAAUGAAGAAAAAGCUAGGAAGAUGCUUGGUGAAGAUGUUGAUUUGAUUGUUGGAGAUAUUACCAAAGCAAGCACAUUGCUACCUGAGUACUUCAAAGGAGUAAAGUCGGUGAUUAAUGCUGUUUCAGUUAUUGUUGGCCCAAAAGAAGGUGAUACUCCAGAUAGGGCCAAAUAUAGCCAGGGAAUCAAGUUCUUCGAACCAGAGAUUAAAGGUGAUUCCCCAGAAAUGGUUGAGUUCAUUGGCAUGAAAAAUCUGAUCAGUGCGGUUAAGGAAUCAGUUGGACUUCGUAGUGGAAAACUAGUAUUUGGAUUUGAAGAUAAUGUAUCCAGAGAGCUUCCGUGGGGUGCACUGGAUGAUGUUGUCAUGGGAGGAGUAAGUGCCAGCGGAUUUGAGAUAGAUCCUUCUGGUGGUGAGAAUGGUGGACCAGCUGGAAUUUUCCGAGGAUUCGUUUCUACUGCAAACAACGGAGGUUUUGCCAGUAUCCGCACAAAGAAUUUCUCCAUACCAGAAGAUCUCUCUGCAUAUGAUGGUCUUGAGUUGCGCAUCAAAGGUGAUGGUCGUAGAUAUAAAUUCAUGCUACGAACCAAUCGUGAUUGGGACACUGUUGCAUAUACAACUGGCUUUGACACUGUUAAGGAUCAAUGGCAAUCGGUUCGCUUGCCUUUCUCUUCUUUGAGACCUAUAUUUCGAGCGCGAACUGUGUCUGAUGCCCAACCAUUUAAUCCUAGUGAAAUCAUAUCAUUUCAGCUCAUGUUCAGCAAGUUUGAGUAUGAUGGGAAGUUGAACCCAACUUUUGUUGAAGGUCCAUUCCAGCUUCCAAUAUCAACCAUAAGAGCUUACAUAGAAGAGCCAAUCACUCCCAGGUUUGUGCAUGUGAGUUCGGCUGGAGUCACUAGACCCGAGAGGCCGGGACUUGAUUUAUCCAAACAACCUCCAGCUGUCCGCAUGAACAAGGAGUUGGGCUUUAUUCUCACAUACAAAUUGAAGGGGGAAGAUCUAAUCAGGGAAAGUGGCAUUCCAUAUACAAUUGUCAGACCCUGUGCAUUAACCGAGGAACCUGCCGGAGCUGAUCUCAUCUUUGCUCAAGGAGAUGAUAUAACAGGGAAGAUUUCCAGGGAGGAAGUUGCAAAGAUAUGUAUUGCUGCACUGGAAAGCCCUUAUGCAUGUGACAAGACAUUUGAGGUUAAGAGCGUGAUUCCGUUCAGCGAACCUUACACUGUGGAUCCAGAAAAUCCUCCUCCAGAAAAGGACUACGAUGUGUACUUCCAAACACUGAAAGAUGGCAUAACAGGGAAAGAAAGCUUAGAGCAAACACCUGUUUCCGUCUAAAUCUAAACUCGUCUGCAGAAAAUCAUUGUUGAGUGGUGAUCUCAUAUCAUACAUGUUCAUGAAAAGGCUGAGUUAGCUGCCUGUGUAAUUGGCUUGCUUGAGAUACUUGUAAUUGUAAAGCUUACAGUGGCUAAAGCAUAAAGAAAAAGUACAGGUAAAUGAUUGUGAUUUCUGAUUA